AUGGUCUAUUUAAUUAAAAUGGGAAUUACUACUAUUGUUAUUGUGGUCUAUGUCUUACAAUUGUUUCACCUGAAUCUCGUACAUGGAACAUGUCGAGAGCCGUGCGGAUGCAAUGGUUGGGUGCCUUAUGGGAACGAAAAGUGUUACCGAGUGUUCAACACAACAGACCCCAAGACAUACGCCGAGAGCGGCGAGUAUUGCGGAGCCCUUAAACAGGACCCGUAUGUCCCGACUCUAGCCAUCGUUAAAUCGGCGGACGAACACCGGUUUCUCGUCGACUAUUUGUCCGACACUUUUGCAAACGGGAUAGACGUGUGGAUCGGCGCCCGGCGUCGGACAUCACCGGCCGAUAACGUGCCAGAGUUUAAGUGGUGGGACGGGUCGGCACUGGAGUACAGCAAUUGGUUGCCGGGAGCGGCGUUGGGCGUAGACCGGGCCGAUUGUGUGGCCAUGAAAUCAGCGAAACAAUGGUAUGCAGUGUCCGGCGGCGCUCAACUGGUCGACAACGGUGUGUGGGUUAACACUGUGUGCGGCGCCCAUAAUAUGGUGCUGUGCCAGAAGUUGCAAUACUGGUCGUACCGAGAGAUCCAGUUGCAAGUGUUGGCUGAUAGACGCCGCGCAUUGCAAACACAUCACGAUCUAGAUACUUUAAGGAAUGUCCUAGAUGUCACAGCGAAUAAUAGUGCCACAAAGAAUAUUCAAGAUGAGAUUUUAAACGAAAUUACAACUUUAAAACGGAACCAUGAACAACAGCAGGCAGAAAUUACACAGCUAAAAAUUGAUAAUGGCCACCAUCAGUCGACAAUAACGCAGCACAAAUUGGAACAUGGUCAACAACAAUCUGAAAUUUCAAAACUCAAACACGAAUACGAGCUACAAAAAUCAGAAAUAACCCAGCUAAAACUUGACCAUGGGAAACAACAAACUGAAAUCAGCAAGUCGCAACAAGAUGUAAAACAAUGUCAAUCUAAAAUCGCCCAAGUGUCACAAGGCCAGUUGCCAAUUGGUUUCAUAUACGUACAGUACCCCCACCAGAGUGACCCUAAUCACAUUUGGCCUACAUACACGUGGUCAGAAGUGACGGCCCAAUACGCAGGUCAAUUUUUCCGGGCCGAAGGUGGCGGUAGUUUGACAUUUAACCAAGGCGUUCAGGGGGAUAACGCACCCAGAAUCACCAAGAUAGCAUUUAGAAGUGGACGGGACGGCGGUGACAAUUGGGAGAUCGAUGUGCCCUCGAGUGGGUGGAGUCCAUUAGUGAUUACCGGUGGGUGGAAGGGUAGUUGGGUCUUAAGUAAGUAUUAUGUCAGUGGGGGUGAAGUGCGGCCCCGUAAUCAAGCCGUGCGCAUAUUUAAACGUACAGUACCGUAUAUUAUUAUAUAA